AUGGGCGAGAGUGGUGAUGCCAAUCAUUACAAUCAUGUAGCCUUGACACCAGCUGAGGCGUCCUUAGAAUUUAGGCUGCAACAUAAAGCCUCGGAAUGCUUCGAUGACGAUGGCCGGCUCAAGAGAACUGGGAACGUAUGGACUGCAAGCGCACACAUCAUAACAGCGGUGAUCGGUUCCGGGGUGCUGUCCCUAGCUUGGGCGAUGUGUCAGCUCGGAUGGGUCGCCGGCCCUGCUGUCAUGCUCCUCUUCUCCUUUGUGACAUACUACACAUCUGCGCUUCUCGCCGACUGCUACCGCUCUGGUGAUCCCCUCACGGGCAAGCGUAACUACACCUACAUGGACGCGGUCCAGGCUAAUCUCAAUGGGAUUAAGGUCAAGAUAUGUGGCUACCUCCAGUACCUCAAUAUUGUUGGAGUCGCCAUUGGAUACACAAUCGCGGCUUCCAUUAGCAUGGUGGCUAUAAAGAGGUCGAAUUGCUUCCACAAGAUUGGGGACGACGGACUCUGCCCAGUAAACAGCAAUCCUUACAUGAUCAUGUUCGGCGUUGCGGAGGUUUUCUUGUCUCAGAUCCCUGAGUUCGACCAGCUUUGGUGGCUCUCCAUCGUGGCCGCCAUCAUGUCCUUUACGUACUCCUCCAUCGGUCUGGCUCUUGGCAUCGUCCAAGUGAUCCAGAAUGGAGGAUUUAGAGGCCGCCUCACGGGUAUUAGCAUCGGCACCGUGAGCCAGAUGGACAAGAUCUGGCGGAUCUUGCAAGCUUUAGGCAACAUCGCCUUCGCUUACUCUUAUUCCAUUAUACUUAUUGAGAUCCAGGACACGAUAAAGGCUCCGCCACCAUCGGAAGCAAAGGUGAUGAAGAAGGCGACCCUUGUUAGCGUGGCGGUGACCACCAUCUUCUACAUGCUCUGCGGGUUCAUGGGCUACGCCGCGUUCGGAGACUUGGCUCCCGGCAACCUCCUCACCGGAUUCGGAUUCUACGAACCCUACUGGCUCCUCGACAUCGCUAACACCGCCAUCGUCAUCCACCUCGUCGGCGCCUACCAGGUCUUCUGCCAGCCGCUCUUCGCAUUCGUCGAGAAAUGGGCUGCCCGGGCGUGGCCGAACUCGGAAUUCGUCACCAAAGAGAUCCAGGUGCCCAUCGCCUCCGGCACAUCUUACAAGCUUAACCUCUUCAGACUAACAUGGCGCGCCGUGUUCGUGAUCGUGACCACCGUCAUCUCGAUGCUCCUGCCUUUCUUCAACGACGUGGUCGGCUUCCUUGGCGCGAUCGGCUUCUGGCCGCUGACCGUGUACUUCCCCAUAGAGAUGUACAUUGUGCAGACGAAGGUCCCGAAGUGGAGCACGAGAUGGGUGUGCCUACAACUGCUGAGCUUCGCGUGCCUUAUCAUCACUAUCGCCUCAGCCGCCGGCUCCAUCGCCGGAGUAGUAAGCGAUCUCAAGGUUUACAGGCCAUUCAAUUAA